CUGUGCGCCAUAUUGGCCAUUAGUCUCCUCCAUCUCAGCCAGCGGCGCGCGUGCACGUCCCAAGCCGGUUUCUGAGGAGAUAUUUAUAAAGGUUUAUAGUCGCCUGUGAGCCGAAAAACGAGGCACUAUGGAGGCCGUGAAAGCCUUCAACAACGAGCUGUACUCGUUGAAUGAGUACAAGCCUCCCAUAUCCAAGGCCAAGAUGACACAGAUCACCAAGUCUGGGAUCAAGGCUAUUAAAUUCUACAAGCAUGUUGUCCAGAGUGUGGAGAAGUUCAUCCAAAAGUGCAAACCAGAAUACAAGGUGCCGGGGCUGUAUGUCAUCGACUCUAUUGUCAGGCAGUCGAGGCACCAGUUUGGCACAGAGAAGGACGUGUUUGCGCCACGCUUCAGCAAAAACAUUAUUACAACCUUUCAGCAUCUCUACCGCUGCCCCUCGGACGACAAGAGUAAGAUUGUACGCGUUCUCAACCUGUGGCAAAAGAAUGCUGUCUUCAAGAGUGACAUCAUCCAGCCUCUGUUGGACAUGGCAGCAGGGAUCCCUCCUCCUAGUGCCACGCCCGUGAUGUCCAGCAGUGCUGCACCCCUCAAUAACACCACACCAGGCACCCCUGCCACUCCAGCCACUCCAGCCAACAUUGUCCAGGGUCUACCUGACUGGGCUUCUCAGAUUACCAACACAGACACUAUGGCUGCUGUGGCCCAGAUCCUACAGAGUCCACAGGGACAGCAGCUGCAGCAGCUGGUGCAGAGCCUGCAGAUGCAGCAGCAGAAGCCCCAGCCUUCCCUGCUUCAGGCGCUGGAUGCCGGCCUGGUGGUGCAGUUACAAGCUCUGACAGCCCAACUUACUGCAGCUGCUACUGCAAACAGCCUCAACCCCCUCGAGCAGAGAGUCUCCUCUUUUAACAAGAAACCUUUGGGUCAGUUUGAUUUUGGGAAUGACUCUGAACGUAAUGAUGAUGCUAAAAAGGACACCUCAUCAUCACAGCUGCCCAUAGUGCCCGAGCCCAUCAACAGCUCUCUGUUCCACCAACUGGCUGAGCAGCUACAACAACAGAACCUGGAGCAGUUUCAAAAGCAGUUGUUGGAGCACCAGCAGCACCAGCAGAAGGCUUUGACCAUAGAAGGGCAGGAGUCAAUAUUUGGUCCAGAGAACUCUGUCACAGCUGCUCAGAGUGGCAGUCAGCCGCAAGUCCCUGAACCUGAGAGCAAGAUGGAUGACUCCAUCGAUAACCAACAACAGGACAUGGAACUGGAUGAUGGUCCUGAUGGUAUGCAGGAAGAGGAGGAGGAAGAAGAGGAAGAGGAGGAGGAUAUCUUUGAGGCAGAGGAGCAGAAGACGGUUAGCGCCCACUCCAGGACUCGCUCCAGAUCACGCUCCAGGUCUCCCAAGAGGAGAAGGUCAAGGUCGCGCUCUGGUUCUCGGAAGCGUAAGCAUCGUAAACGGUCGCGGUCACGCUCCAGAGACCGCAAAAGGAAGGCAUCACGAUCUUACUCGAGCGAAAGACGAGCCAGAGAAAGAGAGAAAGAACGGCAGAAGAAAGGGCUGCCCCCUAUACGGUCCAAGACUCUCAGUGUUUGCAGCACAACCCUGUGGGUGGGUCAGGUGGACAAAAAGGCCACUCAGCAAGACCUCACCAACCUGUUUGAAGAGUUUGGACAAAUAGAAUCCAUCAAUAUGAUCCCUCCUCGUGGCUGUGCCUAUAUCUGCAUGGUCCACAGACAGGAUGCGUACCGCGCCCGCCAGAAACUCAGCACCGGCAACUUUAAGAUUGGUUCCAAGGUUAUAAAGAUUGCGUGGGCCCUGAACAAGGGGGUGAAACAGGAGUAUAAGCAGUUUUGGGACGUAGACCUGGGUGUCACUUACAUCCCCUGGGAGAAGGUGAAGCUUGAUGACCUGGGUGACUUUGCUGAGGGAGGGAUCAUUGACCAGGAGACCGUCAACGAUGAGUGGGAGGCAGUCAAGACUGUUGAGAUAGCAAAGGAAGUUCCGAGCCAGCCGGUGAACACGGAGCCUGCAGCGGCACCCAGCUCCCAGACCUAUAACCAGCAGGUCACCAUGCUGCCUGUGCAGCUCCCAGUGCCACAGGCUGUUCCUAGUGCAGUGGGUUUGGUUCCACCUUCCUUCUCUGUCUCCAUGGGCAUACCGCCACCUGGUUUUGGCCCGCCACCACCUUUCAUAAGGCCUGGCUUCAAUACCUCACAGCCUCCUCCAGGUUUCAUUCAGGCAGCACAGACUGCAGGUAUGACUGCUGGAGCUACUUCUUUGGUUCAACCUUCAGUGGCCCACAGCCAAGAGUCUAUUAAGGAUUCUCCAUUCAGUGCAAUGCUUCCACCAACCAGCUCUAUUCCCAGCAACUUUAUGGCCUCCACCGUUCCUGGAGCAGCUGUCUUCAACCCAGCGGGAGUCCAAACUCAACAAGGCACCAGUGAGAAAGUGCAGCAGUCUGCUGAGGGCAUGAAUGCUGCUGCAGAGCUUACACUACAAGGCAUGCAGAAUGCAGUCCGCAGUGGGAUGGGCCUGCUUGGCAUGCACCCCACUGCUUCCCUCGCCCACCACCUCCAUCACUCUGGUCUGACUCCUCAGAGAAUGCCUGGCUUGUUGCCUCUAGAUGUGAGACCAAACCUCCUUCAGCCAGGACCUGCAAAUCGCUUCCAGCUGAUAAUGCAGCAGAAUCCUGCUCAGCAGGCCACCGGGCUCCUCGACAAUUCACUCCAGGGCCAAGCCCGCAUCAGGGCUCCCUUCCCUCCGAUGGACCCCUUCAACAGGUCCCUCAUGCUUCCCAAAGAAAGCUUACCCAAGGUGGAAAGUGAACCUUCUUCUGGAGCAGACGAGGGCAAAGACCAGGAUUACCGCUUUCCCCCAAUGGAAAAGCAAAGCACCGGCCUGCUGAGGACCCCCCCGCCAGAGCAUAGGGAGCCCCUUGGAGGAAGUGGGGGUGGAGCAGUAGGCGGUGUUGGUGCUGGAGGAGGAAGACCUCCUUUGCUUCAGACUCCAGUGACUCAGCCAGCUAGAACCAGCCUAGCUGGACGCUUGCAGGCUCUGGCAGGCUUCACUCCCGAUAAUCGCUGGGGUCAAACCCGAGGGGACUUUGAUGAACGAGAUGGUGCGCGAGGGACACCGCAACUUCCUGCUGGUCCAAAAGGUUUCCAGGAUGAGCGCCCUCCUUCUGGUCAGAACUUUCCCAACCGCUUUGACAACCGGUCAGGAGGAGGACCACCACCUGGAUCCUCUGGAGCUGGUGGAGGGCCACAGUCCUGGAACCGUAGUGGCGCUACACCGUUUGACAAAGACCUUGAUGACCGGAGGCGCACGUGGGACAGGCAAAGAGACAGGGAUGAAAGAGACUUUGAUUUCACAAACCAGAUGAAUGGUAACCGUCACAGCCGUGACAGAGAACGCGAUCGAGAGAGGGACAGAGAGCGGGGCCGAGACCGCAACAGAGAGCAGGAGCGUGAGCGAGACCGUGACAAGGAUCGUGAGCGUGGGAGCUGGACACCUCUUCUCCCUCUGCCUACUCCUUUACUUCCAACUCCACCUCUCAAUCCCAACCUAACCCUGAACCAAGGUAGACUGCUUACACCACUCAAACUGAACCCCCAGAUGCACCCAAGGUUCCAGUCCCCACUUCUGCCUCAAUCUCAGGUCAGACCUCCGCUUUUCGGCUUGAGUCAGCCCCUACCUCAGGUUUCAGUCAAGGCUCCACCUCCAUCACAGAGCCAAGGAGCCGUGCCUGAGUCCCAGUCAGCUCCGGCGCAUUCUCAGACGUCACCCACCUCGCAGUCACCACCUGACAACAACGGUCAUAGUUCACUGAUCGGAGUUCAGACCAAAGCCCAGCUGUCCCCACAGCCAGAGAUCCCUCCAGACACCCAAUCCCAGACCCCUUUCAAGAUCGCCACUUCUCCAAACACUGACAACCCAAGUCAAGCUUCACCUCAGGCCUCUGCCUCAUUCCUGGACUCCCUUGUGGCCUUUACACAAGCUGCCAGUUUCUCUGAAGAGACCACUCCCUCUCUAGAGGAACAGGAAAGAUCACAAGAGGAGCUGCAAAAGACAUCCUCUUCACCGCAGCCCCCGUGGGUCAGCAGAUCCGAGGUGGACAGUAACGUCACGGCCCAGUUCUCCCCACAGCCUGCUCCAGACCCCGCCUCCUCCACUCCCACGGCCCCCGAAAGCCAGCGGGAGCCGCAGCAAGAGCAGUUUGGCUCUCCUGAGGAUGCAAACAAUGAACAGCCUGAGGAGGACGCUGCGAGUCAGCCAGUGGUAGACACUGUCACAGACACUGAGGGGACAUAAUCAUCACUCAGUAGGUAAAAGAUCAUUUUGUAAAGUUUGUUUCUUCUUCUCUGUACUCAUGUCAGCAAAUCACCGUCACCACACGGGACAUGAUGAACACUGUCUCACUACAACACCUCACCGAUUUUAAACUCUGACAAAUACCCAUGUACGUAAUCAUGAGGCGAGUUAGUGCAUCUGUUGAUCAAUAGGAAGUUACCUUUGUAUUUUAUUUACUUUAUCCUUUUUUAAGUUGUAAUUUCACCCCUCCCUCCCCCCUCUAUUCAUUUUAAUUCAUCUCAGAUUGGUGAAUUUUAUGAAAAUGCUUUCCAAAAAAACAAACAAAAAAAAAAAAAAAAAACCCCAAAAAAUUUCAGUUGUACAUGGGGAAAAUGAUCUUUUACCUUCCUAUGGAAGAGCGUUAGAAGUCCUGGCUGAGCGAUCCAUUGAACAAUCACACACACUUUGUGAAAAUAGCAGUUUUCUGGCCCGUUUCUGUCUUUUCUUCUUUUAUAAUGCUGCUGAAAAGACUUUGGAGUGAGUCAAUGCUUUUGUGGAGUUCUUAAUUCUUUUCUGUUUCCAAGCAGAACUAAUACCCACGCGCGCAGCGAGACCAGUCCAGCUGCUUAAAAUUGGAAAGGGAAAAACAAAUAUGAACAUUUUAAACUUGAGAAUGUUGUAUCCCCAAAAUAAAUGUCUGUAAUUUGUUUCUAAUUAUGCACUCAAUACAAAAAAAAGAAAGAAAAAGAAUCACACCAGGAGGAAGAAAAAGAACAAGAACAGAUGGAUGUUCUGGAUGUCGGGUGCAUAUUGUUUUAGUUUGAAAUAAACAUGCUUUGUCUGUUUAAACACAUGCUUUAGGACUGUUUUCUGAACCAGGACCAGUGGACAGACUGCUUUACACAGACUCACAGACGCAUUUUGAGCUGUGCCUGCAGUCACUUUGACGUUCUCGUGACUCAAGUUGCUGCUAUUCCAUCCAUCCACAGAGCGCUUUGUUGGAUGCAACCGUGGGAAUUGUAGCUUUUUUUUAGUUUCUGAUGACCUCAGCCUGUGUGUUUCCAUUUUGCUGAGUGACUGUUGAGGAUGGGAUUGUGCCUUCUUUGAAUGGAUUUGAUGUCCAGACUGUGUGAUCCACACCAGACGGCAAUAUGAACAGAAUUCUACGUGUACAGAAUUGGCUGGCCUACCUUUUGAAUGCUAGCUGGGUGGUUGGUACAGCACUCCCCGUGAGAACACGCCUCUAUAUAUCCUCCAUAGUUCUGUGCAUGCAGGCCUGUAGCCGUGAUUUAACCUCCUUGUCUUUCCUGCUCAUUUCACACUUAUGGUGCAUUUCUGUUGAGAUUACAACUAGAUGACUGCAGUCUGCUGUUUUGUCGGAUCAAAUGUUCACUUCAGGAGUUGUGAUAUUGAAUAAAAGCUGAAGGUGCAUCAGUUU